GCAGUAUGUAGGUGUGUUAAAUGGAUAAACCACACCUACAUGCUCACACGCUCUGCCAACCGAUCAACCAGGAAGUCCCCCAGUCCAGGAUAAAGAAAGAAUAAACGUGAAGAACUUAAACAAUAUGAUGGAGUCUAACAAAUCUACAGAAUCAUCUGGAAAUGAUCAUUUUGACCCCGAAGAGGAGAAAAAAUUAGCUGCUUCCAACCAUCUCUCUGAGCUGCGCUUUAUUCUUCUGGGCUGGCGGUGGCCUGGAAAAAGUCUGACUGGAAACACUAUCCUGGGGCGCGAAGAGUUUCGGCUGGAACGAGCAGCUGAAUUCUCAGUGAAGCGCGAUGCAGAACGCCACGGCCGCAAGCUGACUGUUGUGGAUACGCCAGGCUGGUUUUCAGCUCAGACCACUCCAACUGCUUAUCAACAGGAGAUGACUCGUAGCCUGAGUAUGUGCUCACCUGGGCCACAUGCGUUCCUGCUCGUUGUGCCUGUAGGCAUGUUCACAGACACGGACCGGGCAAGAAUUGAAGAGAACUUGGUCCUGUUUGGUGAGUCUGUGUGGAGGCACACCAUUGUGGUGUUUACAUGGGCCGAGGUUCUGAAGAACAUGCCAAUCGAAAGACACAUCCGGCGCCAAGGUAGUGCACUGCAGUGGGUGCUGGAGAAGUGCAAGAAGAGAUACCAUGUCGUCAACAACGACGCCUUCAAUGAGAACACGCAAGUCCCGCAGCUGAUUGAGAAGGUGGAGAAGAUGGUAGCUGAGGAGGGAGGGCACUUCAAACCCAUGACUGAGGAAGACAAAGCACAGAAUCCGGUUGCAGCUGAAGCUACUGAUGAGAAUUCGAACCCAAACGAGGUGAAAGAGAAGCAUGAGCUCGGAGCCCGGCCCAAGCAGAGCUGUUACUUCAGCUCAGUGCAGAUCGUUGAUGGGGGGAGUCCUCACAAUUUGAUGGAAGGAUUUUCCGAUUGACGGACAGGGACCAGAGUGAAUUUGUGCUGCUUCAUUACAUUCUUUGAUCUGAUGUCAUUUGGUGAAUAUUUCCAGCUACAGGAAAUGACUAUUUAUUAUCGAAAAACAAAUAAGUGAUGUAUUUAUUUUACAUACUGGAUGUGCUGUAUAUUUUUAAAUGAGGGGAAAAUUGACACACCCCCUGAUCACUAAGCACUAAUGAAGUCAUGACAGACAGUUGUUACUCUGUUAUAAUAACUCAUUUUUACUGUUAAGAAGAGUAGUUACAUUUUUUAACGUAGUGUAUUACUAAAUCAGUGUCAUGUCAAAAUCUAGAAUGAAUAUUGCUAUUGGACAUUUUAUAACCUAGAUACAAAGCCCAAGAUUUUUAUUGCUCAUUUUCUUUUAAACAACUAAACCACCACAUCUCUGCCUUGACCAAAAUCAACAAUGACCAUCACUGAUUUUAUAUACAGUCACUGAAUACAUGUGCUUUUUAUUAUCAGAUGUUAAAAUGUGUUUUUAGGGAACAUUUAAAAAGGAGUACAAAUAUAUUUUUCUUUGAUUGCUGUAUUUAAGAAGAUACAUUUAACUUUUAACCUUUAUAUUAGGCGGAUCUUUUAAUUGCACCAAAAUAUAAAUAUUCAACAGAGUGUUAAACUGGACAGUGGAAAAGCUUGCACCAAGACACACUGUGAAACAAGAAACAAGGCAGCAAUAAUACUGCAACACUGUGUAACACUGUCAUGAAGAGAUGAUUAUAUUUUUAUUGAACACAAAAAAGAAAGUUGAGAAUGUCAUCACAUCUGUGGCAUUUAACAGUAAGUGGGUUCCAUAAGAGUUGAUGAAAGUGGGUUCCAUUUUGAGUUAAAUAUAUCUAUUCUAUCUAAAUGAAUUAAAAAUUGGCGAAACAAACUAUGUAAUUGCACAUCUCUGUGUGCUGUAGUUUUGCAAUCAGUAGCAAUAUGAUGAUUAAAUGAAAUUGUGAUCUAA